AUGUUCGGACAUGCCGCAAAUAGGUUAGGAGCGGCGGCGGGCGGUGGGCGCAGCCCUAGCUCCAGGAGGGCGAGGAGUCCUGGGCGUCCGCUAGUAUCCAGGCUGGCUUGGGGCCGCGGCACUCACCUCACGAGCUGUUCACACGGCGGAGCGACACGCACUGCGCCCGCCCUCGCGGUCGCUCCGCGCGCCCGCCCGACUAUUUUCGGCGCGAAAAUCCACGGUCCGGAUCCGCCAUGGCGUGCGCGGGAGUAUCGCGCGCGCGGCACCAUUUCCUCCGAUCCCGUUCCCGCGACCAGCUUGACGGGUCGGCUGUAUCGC